CUCUGCCCGCUGCGCAAUGCGGCGGGUCCCGGGACGGGCUCCGCAAUGCGACACGUUCCGAGACGGAGAUCCGUCGGCGCCUCCCCGGUUCGUCGACCCCGGAGAGGGGAGCCCGCCGGCGGGCCCUCUUCCUCCCCCUUUCCCGCGGCGCCGCUCUCUCCUCCUCCCGGCGUGCGCGAAGGGGCCGCCAAUCGGCGUCGGCCACGCGGCGGACGGGGAUUGGACGCCGUUCCGCCCGCCGAAGCGCCGGCCGGGGCUUCGCCGACGAAUGGGGCGGCGGGCCGUGGCGGAGGGAGGAGGAGCGGCCGCCCGUCGCCGGGCGGGAGAAGGCCGCAUGCGCCGCCAUGCGCGGACGGACACCGCGCAGCGGUCGGUGGGCCUGCGGGCAGGCCGAGCGCCGAGCGGUCAUUGGGCCGGCGAACGGGCAGCGCGGCGGAAGGAAGAUCGGUCUGUCCUCGGGCCCGGGGCCGCCGCGAUAAAGCCCGAAGAAUGGCGCUGUCGCUGAAGGUCGGCGUGGUGGAGAAGAACGUGGUCAAGACCAUUCAGUUCGAACCCACCACCCUUGUGUACGACGCCUGCAGGAUCGUCAGGGACAAGAUCACCGAAGCCAAUCUGGGACAACCCAAAGACUAUGGCCUGUUCCUGGCCGACGAAGACCCCCGCAAGGGAGUUUGGCUCGAGCCCGGAAGGCAGUUGGAGUAUUACCUGCUCAGGACCGGGGAUCUUCUGGAGUAUCGGAGGAAGAUUCGCCCUCUUCGAGUCAGGAUGCUGGACGGGACGGUCAAGACCGUUCUGGUGGACGACAGCCAGCCCGUGGCCAACCUCAUGGUCGUCGUCUGCACCAAAAUAGGAAUCACCAACCACGACGAGUUUUCCCUGGUCAGGGAUCUUCCGGAGGAGAUCAAGGAGAAUUCUACCGGCACUCUCACUCUUAAAAAGGAAAAGAAAGACAAGGAAAGAGACCAGAAGAUGGAACAGUUGAAGAAGAAGUUGAAGACCGACGACGAUCUGGACUGGGUGGAUCAUUCCAUGACCCUGAGGGAACAGGGCAUCAACGAGGAGGAGACCCUCCUGCUGAGGAGGAAAUUCUUCUUCUCUGACCAGAACGUGGAUUCUCGCGAUCCGGUCCAACUCAACCUUCUCUACGUUCAGGCCCGGGACGCCAUUCUGAACGAGACCCACCCGGUGACGGUGGACCAGGCCUGCCAGUUCGCCGGCAUCCAGUGCCAGAUCCAGUUCGGGGACCACGUCGAGUCCAAACACAAGCCCGGAUUUCUAGAUUUGAAAGAGUUUCUGCCCAAGAACUUCUGCAAAAUGAAGGGGAUCGAGAAGAAAGUGUUCUCGGAACACAAGAACUACGCGGGCUUGGCCGAGUUGGACGCCAAAGUCAAGUACGUGUCUCUGGCCCGAUCCCUCAAGACCUACGGAGUCACUUUCUUCCUGGUCAAGGAGAAGAUGAAGGGGAAGAACAAGUUGGUCCCCCGGUUGUUGGGCGUCACCAAAGACAGCGUCCUGCGCUUGGACGAGAGGACCAAAGAGAUCAUGAAGACCUGGCCUCUGACCACCGUCAGAAGAUGGGCCGCUUCGCCCAACAGCUUCACUCUGGACUUCGGGGACUAUUCGGACUCCUACUACUCGGUCCAGACGACGGAAGGGGAGCAAAUCUCUCAACUCAUCGCCGGUUACAUCGACAUCAUUCUGAAAAAAAAAAAGGCCAAAGAUCGCUUCGGGAUCGAAGGAGACGAAGGAUCCACCAUGGUCGAAGACAGCGUCUCGCCCGCCAAAGCUACCAUUCUUCAAAAUACGCCAGCUGCCAAACCGUCUCAUCCAACUUCGGGGUCGAUAGCUCUCCCGGCAGUCAUGAGACCCGGAGCAAACGGAGCUCAACCUUAUACGGCCGGUCAGAUGCAAGGAGCUCAGUUUGGAGAAAUAAAAGGUCAAGCUCAUACAGCAUAUUCUCCCAAAACAUUGAUGAAAUUUAGUAAGAAGCCUCAACAUCCGAGAGUUCACAGUGCCAUGUCGGAGCCUCAGAGAGCUCUGUUGAGUACGAUCGGAGCCGGAAGAGAAGCGAUAGAUUCCGCUCAGAAAGAAUUACAGUCUCGUAUACAGUUACCCGACUUGGGUACGGAUCCGGCAUCCCUGCAGUGGAAACAGAAUACGAUGGACGUUAAGAAACAAAACGUAUCCUCUCAAGUGGCAGCUAUGAAUGCUGCAACUGCUCAAGUCAUCACUUUAACAUCAGGUCCACCAGAAGAAGUCGAUCAUCCUGCUGUAGGAGCUGCAAUAUCAACAAUAGCUACCAAUUUGACAGAAAUGUCUAAAGACGUUAAGAUGAUUGCGGCUCUAAUGGAUGAUGAUUUAACCGGAGACAAGUUGAUUGAUGCCACUCGUAAUUUAUGUUCGGCGUUUUCUGACCUGUUGAAGGCCGCCGAACCGGAAAGCAAAGAGCCGCGACAGAAUCUGCUGAAUGCCGCAAGUCGCGUCGGAGAAGCUAGUCAUGCAGUAUUAUAUACUAUUGGUGAAGAAGAUGGUAUUGAUAAAGAAGCACAGGAUAUCCUCUUGGGAUUAGCAAAGAGAGUGGCAAAUUCAACAGCAAAUCUUGUAUUGAAAGCCAAAAAUGUAGCAAGUAAAUGUGACGAUCAAGCCAUACAAAACAAAGUCAUUAAUGCCGCAACUCAGUGCGCAUUGGCUACUUCGCAGCUUGUUGCUUGUGCAAAAGUUGUUGCUCCCACAAUCAACAAUCCCAAUUGUCGUCAACAACUAAUUGAAGCAACAAAAGAAGUUGCCAAAGCUGUCGACGGUAUUUUGAAAGCAUGUCAGGAAGCAACUGACGACGAAAAAUUGUUGAGAGAUUCGGCAACAGCAGUUACACAAGUAAACGAAGCUUUGUCGGAUCUUUUAAAUCACGUUCGAACAUUUCCAGAAAAGGGGGCCAGAACGUCGGCUCACGAUGGCGCGGUGGACACAAUUCUCGAUGCCACGGACAGGUUGUUCAGUAGUACCGGCGAUGCUACGGAGAUGGUUCGUCAGGCUAAAAUAUUGGCAAAGGCAACAUCUCAUUUGAUCGGAUCUAUCAAGGGUGAAGCCGAAACACAGCCGGAUUCCGACGUCCAAAAAAGAUUGCUGGCUGCUGCAAAAUUAUUAGCUGAUGCUACUUCUAAAAUGGUUGAAGCCGCUAAGGGAUGCGCCAGUAAUCCACACGAUUCUGAAUCACAAGCGGCACUGCGUCGGGCGGCAGAAGAGCUGCGAAGUGCCACCAACGCAGCCGCCAGUAAUGCCCUGAAGCGGAAACUUAUACACAGACUCGAAAAUGCUGCAAAACACGCUGCCGCAAUGGCAACACAAAACAUUGCAGCGGCUCAAGGUGUGCGUCCCCACAAUAACAAUCAAGUUACUCAAGGAGAAUUAAUGGAUAGUUGUAGAGAAGUAGCUGAAGUUAUUCCUCAUGUGGUCCAAGGUGUUAAAGGUACUAUGGCAGAUAUUGAUAAUCCCAAUGCCCAGAUGACUCUAAUAAAUGCUUGUGAACAAAUGAUUCAGCCCUGCAAUAAAAUGAUUACUUCUUCAAAAGCUGCUCUCCCGACAGUUGCCGAUCAAUCGUCUUCUAUGCAACUUAGUAACGCUCUCAGACAAAUGGCAGCAGCUCUUGCAGAACUCAGAUCUGCAAUUAUCAAGGCACAAGAAGCAUGCGGAACAUUGGAAAUUAACAGCGCAUUGGAACAAAUUCACGAUUUAAACGAAGAAUUAUUAGCUAUCAAGAAAGCCGCUUUGUCGUCAAACCUGAAACCGUUACCCGGCGAAUCGAUUGAAACAUCAUCAUUACAAUUAGGAGCCAUUUCCAAAGUAGUUGGAUCGGCGAUGGCACAACUAUUAACUGCUGCUUCACAGGCCAAUGAAAAUUAUACGGGAAUUGCAGCUAGAGAUACGGCAAAUGCAUUGAAAAUCUUGACGAGUGCUGUGAGAGGCGUGGCCGCCACCUGUAGCGACUUGCCCACUCAGACGAGAAUAAUCGACAGCGCCCGAGAAGUCAUGGAUAAGUCUGCCCAUCUGGUCGAAGAAGCUCGUAGGGCCGUACACAAUCCCACCGACGUGAGCAAUCAGCAGAGACUCGCGCAGGUGGCAAAGUUAGUUUCAAAUGCACUAAACAAUUGCGUAAAUUGUUUACCAGGUCAGAAAGACGUAGACGAUGCAAUUAAAAGUAUCACUGAAGCUAGUCAUGCACUAAAUGCACAGCAGUUUCCAUUAUCAAAUAAAACUUACAGUGAACUUCAAAAUAAUUUAACCAGUGCUGCGGCAAAUUUGAACGAAGCUGCUAGUAACGUAGUUGUUUCGUCCAAAGACACUCCGGCUAAUUUAUCUAAUAGCGCAAAAAAAUUUGGUACUGCGUUUGAAGAUCUUUUGGGAUGUGGCAUGGAAAUUAUCGGUCAGACAAAGGAUACGGAAGUAAGAGGUCAAAUGGUGGUCAGUUUGAAAAACGUGUCGAUGGUGUCCAGCAAGUUGUUGGUGACGGCCAAAUCUGUUGCAGCAGAUCCGACCGCUCCCAAUUCCAAAACUCAGUUGGCAUCCGCAGCCAGAGCGGUUACCGAAAGCAUCAAUCACUUGGUGAACGUGUGUACGUCCGCCGCUCCGGGUCAAAAAGAGUGCGACAAUGCAAUCAGAAAUAUUCAGAUGAUGAGACCUUUACUGGAUAAUCCUAGCGAAGCUGUCAAUGAUGCAACUUAUUUCGAAUGUUUGGAUAAUGUUAUGGAAAAAUCUAAGAGUUUAGGUGACGGAAUGACUGGAAUUGCCAAUCAUGCCAAGCAAGGAGCCCGUGAAAAAUUUGGCGAAGCGGUGAAAGACGUUUCGGAUGCCAUUUGUGGUUUGAUCGAAUCUGCCGCACAGGCCGCUUAUCUGGUCGGAGUUUCCGAUCCGUCCAGCGUGACCGGCAGACCCGGUCUGGUCGAUCCCGUUCAUUUUGCCAGAGCCAGCCAGGCCAUUCAGAUGGCUUGUCAGCAACUAAUUAAUCCGACGAGCAAUCAACAGCAGAUUCUUUCUGCUGCCACCGUGAUUGCUAAACAUACUUCGUCUUUAUGUAAUUCCUGUCGGUUGGCAUCCUCCAAAACUACUAAUCCUGUUGCCAAACGUCAGUUCGUUCAGUCUGCUAAGGACGUUGCUAAUGCAACUGCAAACCUUGUUAAAGAGAUCAAAAUUUUAGACCAGGAACCGACCGAAAUUCACAGACAAAAUACUGCCUAUGCAACUGCACCAUUAAUUGAAGCGGUGGAAAAUUUAACCACAUUUGCUAGUUCCCCCGAGUUUGCUUCUGCGCCAGCAAAAAUUAGCUCAAAGGCAAGGGCGUCUCAGGAACCCAUCACUUCUGCCGGCAAGUCAAUCAUUGAUGGAUCCUGCAACAUGAUUCAGGCCGCAAAAUCUUUGGCCGUCAAUCCCAAGGAUCCUCCCGCUUGGCAAACUCUUGCAAAUCAUAGCAGAAGCGUGUCCGAUGCCAUCAAGACGUUGGUGUCUUCGAUAAGAGACAAAGCUCCGGGACAAAAGGAAUGCGAACAGGCCAUCGAAAGACUGAGUGCUUGCAUAAGAGAACUGGAUAGAGCUUCCGUCAGUAUCAUCAGUCAGAGUCUUCAACCUCGUACUGAUAAUACGCUGAAAGGUUUUCAAGAGCAAAUGGAAAACAGUGCUUCCGAAAUAUUAGACAAAAUCGACAUCAUCGGUUCCGCUGGUAAAGGGGAAGCAGAAAAACUCGGACAUUCGGUGACGAAUAUGGUCGGUUAUUUCGAUCCACUAGUUAAAAGUGCUAUCGGCAGUGCAUCAAAAACAUUAAAUUCCAAACAACAAAUGGCAAUUUUGGAUCAGACUAAAACAGUUGCAGAAUGUGCACUCCAGUUAGUGUACACUGCAAAAGAAUCCGGCGGAAAUCCCAAGGCCACGCACCUGCAUGGUGAAAUAGACGAGUCGGCAGAUGCCAUGAAAGAUGCCCUGCAGGAUCUGUUGCACACGUUAGAAGUUGCCACCACGGAAACGGGAGUCAUCACGGGAGUGAUCGAAUCUAUAAAUAAAUCCGUCUCAAAAAUGGAUGAUUAUCAAGUUAGUUCCAGUCAAGAUUCUUUCGUGGAUUACCAAACCAGAAUGGUAAAUUCGGCAAAAGAGAUUGCCAGAAUUGCCCAGGAAAUGAUAACAAAGUCUACGACCGACGUGGCUCAACUGGGACCGCUUACGGCAAGAAUGUCCCACGAAUUCGCUAACUUGGCUUCGGAUGCCAGAGGAGCCAUUUCUGCCACUCCAAACGUAGACGUUGCCGGAAGAAUUCGGUCGAGUGUUCAGGAUCUGGGAAAUGCAUGCAUACAUUUAACAAAAUCUGCCAGUUCUUGUCAGAGCAAUCCCGGCGACAGUUUCAGUCAACAUGAUAUCGCCGACAAUUCCAGACUCGUGGCAGAAAAGGUUUCCUUCGUGCUAGCCGCACUCCAGGCAGGAUCUCGCGGAACACAGGCCUGCAUCAGUGCCGUCAGCACCGUCAACGGCAUCAUCGGAGAUCUGGAGACCACCAUCAUGUUUGCCACUGCAGGAACUCUGCACGCCGAACAUGAAACCGAAACUUUUGCCGAUCACAGAGAGAAUAUUUUGAAGACUGCCAGAACAUUGGUAGAAGACACGAAAACGUUGGUGACCGGUGCGGCCUCCAGCCAGGAACAGCUGGCCGUUGCGGCACAGAAUGCCGUCGCCACCAUCAUACAGCUGGCCGAAGUGGUCAAGAUGGGUGCGGCGUCUCUCGGAUCAAAUAAUCCCGAGGCGCAGGUGUUGCUGAUUAAUGCCGUGAAAGAUGUGGCCACCGCACUGGGCGACUUGAUCCAGUCGACUAAAGUCGCUUCAGGCAAGAGCAUCCAUGAUCCAUCCAUGCUCUACUUAAAAGAAUCGGCAAAGGUUAUGGUGACAAAUGUUACCUCUCUUCUAAAAACCGUGAAAUCCGUAGAAGACGAACAUUCACGUGGCACUCGAGCCCUGGAGAGUACAAUAGAGGCUAUCGGACAAGAGAUCAGAGCCUUCGACUCGUCCGAGCCGCCGUCCAGAAAAGCCCUUCCCGAAGAUCUGGUGAGAGCGACCAAACCGGUCACCCUGGCCACGGGCAAGGCGGUCGCCGCAGGAAAUAGCUGCAAACAGGACGAUAUCAUAGUUGCCGCUAACAUGGGAAGAAAAGCGAUAGUCGACCUGCUGACUACUUGCAAGGCUGCCGCAUAUUCUGCGGAGACUAUUCAUACCAGGACCAAGAUCAUGGAUGCGGGACACCAGUGUGCCAUUCAUUACAGGGAACUGCUGCAGAUGGUCCAUCAGGUUAUCCAAAAACCUAGUCAGACGGGAAGGCAACAGCUCGUCAUCAUGUCUAGAACCAUAGCCACUUCUAUCACGGAAGUGGCCAACGGGGCAGAGAUGCUGAAAGGAUCCGACUGGGUGGACCCAGACGACCCGACCGUCAUCGCCGAGACGGAGCUCCUCGGAGCAGCCAACUCGAUCGACGCGGCUGCCAAGAAGCUGGCAAGUCUCAAACCAAGAAGAAGCAUCAGAGAAACCGACGAGAGCAUGAAUUUCGACGAGAUGAUCCUGGAGGCAGCCAAGUCGAUCGCUGCUGCCACCUCCGCCCUGGUGAAGGCCGCCUCGGCAGCCCAGAGAGAGUUGGUUGCCGCAGGAAAGGUGGGAGCCCAUCCCCUGUACACGUCCGACGACGGUCAGUGGUCGGAAGGUCUCGUUUCUGCCGCAAGAUUGGUGGCCGCCGCCACUCACAGUCUGGUUGAAGCCGCAAACUCGUUGGUGCAGGGUCACGCUUCCGAAGAAAAACUUAUCUCUUCUGCCAAGCAGGUGGCCAGUUCGACCGCACAACUCCUGGUGGCUUGCAAAGUGAAGGCGGAUCCCGAUUCUCAGUCGACCAAACGUUUACAGGCUGCCGGAAACGCUGUGAAGAGAGCGACGGACAACCUGGUGAAGGCGGCGCAACAGGCGAUAGAACACGACGAGGAGCGAAGUCUGAUCAUCAACAAGAGGAUGGUGGGAGGAAUCGCUCAGGAGAUCGUGGCCCGAGAGGAGAUCCUCAAGAAAGAAAGGGAACUGGAAGAGGCCAGGGAGCGUUUGGCCGCCAUCAGGCGGGCCAAAUACGGAAACAGACCGGCCGACGACUACCACGGUUACGGUUCUUCCUAGGCCGCCCGAAACACCGGGCAACCACAAAUUUUAGUUAGAUUUUCCUUUGUAUUAUUACUAUUAUUAACUCGUCCGCUAAAAUAGUUUAUUUAAGAGAAUUAUGGUCGUUAAUCGUUGACUAAUAUUUAAUCCGAGCCGUUAACUCUGUUGUAUUUUUCGGAUAUUAAAAAAAAGAAGAAGAAAGUUAUCGUUGAACGUUGCGACAUAUUUUACCCGACCGCGCCGGUCUGUAUAUAAAAUAUACGUACGAGAGUCGUUAGCGACUGCCGGGGAAGAAGCCCGAUAUCAAGUAAGACGUCCUUUUGCCGCGCGUGCCGCUUACGCCGGCCGUUCAUUUACGUGUCGCGUGCGAAACGUUGCGUAUUCCGUUUUUUUUUCUAUUAUUAUUAUUAUAUUUAUUAUUAUUAUAUUAUUAUUAUUAUUUAACAGAGAAUAUUUACAUAUCAACAGAUUAUUAUACUAAUCGUUAACGCAUAUCGGAGAAUUGGUGGGGUGUCUCUCUUACCGGCGUUUUAUUACCAUGUUUAUUUUAUCCAGAUGGCGUUAACGGCCGUGCUACGAAAUUCUCUUCUGUACGUCAUUUCCGUUUAAUAAAGGCUUGAUUUCGUUUGUA